AUGGCAUCUAAUGAAGACUGGCAGAUGACUACACGAGGUAGACCACGAAUCGACUAUGAAUUGCUAAAUGGUGGCCCUGAUUCCCCUAUAGAAGGAGUUCUACUAUCAGACCAAAUCACAGGGUCUGAUAUAUCCCAGUUCUUUCCACAAUCGCCAUGGCUAUCGAAUGCUCCCUCUACAUCUACAAAUCAAGAUUCUCAAGUUUCUUCAGAAAUUUCGCCUCAUGAAUCUGCCUCACAAAUCCUUACUCGGAAGGUUAAGAAACCUCGCCCAGCACUAGCCACCCAAUGGGUUUGGAAUUACUUCUCUACAACUGAGGUAUCCCGUGAGUGGACUGUUUAUCGUUCAGGGAAUAUACGGACUAUAGAUAGAGAUAUCUACUGUACAGUCAUCGACGACAAAACUGGUCUACAAUGUACUUGGAAAACUUCAGAUUCACAAAGGCAAUCAUCAACUUCAAAUAUGCAGCGUCAUCUUGAGACUAAGCACUUGAUUCGCCUUGAUCAUCAACAUUCAAAGCUAAAGCCAAAAACCCAAGACAUCCGGUAUUUCCUUACAAAUCAGGAGAAUCUCUCAGUUCAAGAGCGUCUUGAAAAGAAUCUCAUUCGAUGGGUUAUUCAAGAUAAGCAAGCUUUUACAGCUAUUAAAUCUCUUGCUUUUCAACAGAUUUUUGAAGAUAUUCCAGGAGUCACUCUACCAUUCAAAUCGCGAUCAACUAUGCGUCGAAGAAUAGAGGAUGAAUUUGUUAUCCAACGAUCAAAGCUUAAAGAAGAUUUGGCUACUACAUGCAAAACAAUUGCACUCUCUCUUGACACGUGGACAAGCCAAAACCAGAUUUCAAUCAUUGGUAUCAUUGGCCACUGGCUUACAGAAGAUUUUCACUAUCGUGAAGAGACUCUAGAAUUCUGUGAGAUAUUUGGACCGCAUACAGGGCAGAAUAUUGCUGCUACUGUCUAUGAAACUCUGAAAGAGUUAGGUAUUACUUUAAAGUUGACUACAAUCACUGGGGAUAAUGCUUCUAAUGUUUCUGAGCUGGUUUCUGAGCUAUAUUGUACUUUGGAAGAGAACUCUUUGGAACCUAUUCGCUUCCGUGGGGCUGAUAGCUAUAUUCGCUGUCUAGCUCAUAUCUUGAACCUCAUCGUUAAAGAUAUUCUUCGAGCAUUGAAAUCAGGAAAUAUUUCAGAGGCUAAUUCGAUCUGUGAGAAUCUACAAAAUUCUCAAUUGAGCUCUCUAUCAAUCUCAUCUCAAUCAGCAUUAGCUAAGCUCCGGAUUCUUGCUCUUUGGAUUUCUCGCAGUCCCCAACGGAAACAAGAAUGGAAGCAGAUCUGUGAUCUCAUGAAGCUCCCUAAUAAAUUGAUUGAGUAUGAUGUAGAAACACGGUGGAAUUCUACCUUUCAAAUGCUUGAUGAUGGAUUACAUGCUCAAGAACAGAUUAAUCGAUUCUGCUCUAUACAAGGCUUUCCUCUCUUUACCAAUACAGAGUGGUCUCGACUUCUUCAGAUUCAUAAAGCUCUCAAAGUCUUUGAUGACCUAUCGCACUUGGUAUCUACCCAAAGGCCACAAAUCAGUCUGACUAUCCCAAUUUAUUAUGAGCUUCAUGAUCUAUUACGGGAUAAUGCCUUAGUGGAAUACGAUAGUGAUAUCGCAAUUGCAAUAAAGGCAAGCCUAAAGAAGUACCAAAAGUACUACGACUUCAUGGAUGAAUCAGACACAUAUUAUACAGCCUUAAUUCUUGACCCACAGGUCAAAGGUGAUCUUAUACUUCAUGAGGUACAGGACCAAGCAGCUGCUAAGCUAGUUAUACAAGCGACUCGGACUCUACUCCAUGAAAGAUUUCCAAUUCUACAGCCAAAUCCACAAGUCAUUUCUAUAGUCAAUUCCACAGUCAAUUCCACAGUCAAUUCCACAGUCAAUUCCACAGUCAAUUCCACAGUCAAUUCCACAGUCAAUUCCACAGUCAAUUCCACAGUCAAUUCCACAGUCAAUUCCACAGUCAAAUUCACACCCAGAUUCAACUCUCAAUCGCAAAACAAUGAGAUUACGGAUGCUCCAAAAGUUACAGCCCAGGAUAGUCAAUUUGUUUCUGAUAUUGAUCAGUACUUUGAUAGUCCCCGGGUUACUAUUAGGGAUACAGACGAUCCGGGCUGGCUCUUCAAUUGGUGGCGUACCCAUAGGGCUGAAUAUCCUCAAAUGGCAGAGGCUGCAAGGGAAUUUCUUGCUAUCCCAGCUUCAGAGGUAUCGGUUGAGAGAUUAUUUAGUAUAGGGAGAGAUCUUUUAAAAGUCCGAAGGUUUGCUUUACAAGCAGAUACUAUGAGGAUGUUGAUGUUGAUGAAGGACGUUAGUUGA